UCUCCUCUCUCUCUUGCUCCCCUUGCUACCGUCUUCUCUCCCGCCCCUUGUCCUUCGAUCGGGUCCUUCUCUUGAACUGGGUCUUCUCUCGAUCUUGAUCCGUCUAAGCUUGCUUGGCGUGAGACGGAGUGCCGCCAUGUCGAGAUCCCCAGCGAAGCUUGACGUGCCGAAAAAGCGGAAGGAGCCCGAGCCGUCGUCCGACAGCCCCCCAACCGAAUCGGCGGCAAACGACAAGCCGUGUCCACCGCCGACGGCGCCUCGGCCUAUGCCUCGCGAUGCAACAAUGUUGCUCGCUGGCUGCCUGGCGCACGAGUACCUCACACGGGGGACGCUCUUUGGUGAGUCGUUGAAGCCGGAAAGCGGCUCCGACCCGGGCCCGGCCAAGCCGGAGAGCCCAGCGCACGCGGAGGCCUCCAUCCCAAAGGCAGACGCGGAUACACCCCAGGCGUCGUCAACCCCACCCAGCUCGCCUGCUGGCUCCGGGUGCGAGUGAGUUUGGCGUAGGCCCGAAAGCAUCGGUGGUUCCUCCUCCUCCUUGUCGCGUCCGGUGAGUGACCCAAAACAAUGCCGACCAUGAAAAGAAAAGAUCAAACGGGAGAUUCCAUCUAUAUUACACCGUUUCUAUGAUCCAUCUCUCUUCUAGAUCAACUUGUUUUUUGUUAUCUUCUCAUCGACGAUGGUUUUGCUUGCCACUAUGGAUUUCUUCGCUCUGCCUACCGUCUCAUCUUUCAUCCCUUUUGCCCUAUUCUUGAAUCAUGAUGAUGAGUUAGAGAAUAUACCGUGUCUGUUUCUUUUCAAGCACCACCUGUUUGUUGCUGGCAGGGGAUCGUUUUAUCUUUCUGCUUCAUUUCCGUUGUAGUAACAGUCACCCCAUGUGUUGAUAGAGAAUUCUAUUUAGCGAGUCGAUAAGGUAUACCCAUAGAGACUAACAUCUUGGACCAUUGAAUAGUCUAUUAGCUUUCAUUUCAACACACUCUGGAGGCAUUUCGUCGAUCAAGAAAAAGGCAUAUCGAGACUAU